AUCACGUGACCGACGAAAUACACGGCAAAUACAACGUUGCCCUUGCCCCUUUCUCCCCAGUAUCCACCAAAACCUAGCCUCCAUUUAAUACUUAACAACAGCAAUCUUUUGCCAGAACAGGGGCAUUUCCGUCAUUCCAUAAACCUCGAAGCGAAGUCCAGCCCAUAAUUUAAGUGGGCCGUCCAUUGUUCCUUGGCACGAUUACCGUGAUUGACGGUGGAAAGAGUGCCGCGUGGUCACUCGCUUCCCUCUAUCUCUCUCCCUCGCCCCCGUAGAUCCUUCUUCUCAUCUACCUCAGUCUCUGUCUCUAUUUUCUUCCUCCUCCUCUGAGCUGAAAUCCAAAGAGCUCAGUUCUUCCUCCGAGCUAGUUAAACAUCCACCGCCCGCCAGCUGAAGCAGUUGGCGAAGCAACAGCCGCCGCAGAGAGAAGCUAAGCAUGAUGGCAUUCCUCAUUGUCCUCCUCACAUCUCUACUAGCUCUCACCACUCUCCCCGCCGCCGAAUCCCAACUCUACACCAACUACUACCAAAAGUCGUGCCCGGGAUUCGCCCAAAUCGUCCAAGACACCGUCACCAACAAGCAGAUAACGAACCCCACCACGGCCGCCGGCACCCUCCGCCUCUUCUUCCACGACUGCCUUCACAAUGGCUGCGAUGGCUCCAUUCUCCUCUCCUCCACCCCCUUCAACAAGGCCGAGCGCGACGCCGACAUCAACCUGUCCCUCCCCGGAGACGCCUUCGACGUCGUUGUCCGCGCCAAGACCGCCCUCGAGCUCGCCUGCCCCAACACCGUCUCCUGCGCUGACAUCCUCGCCGUCGCCACCCGCGAUCUCGUAACCAUGAUGGGCGGCCCCUUCUACAACGUCCCCCUCGGCCGCCGCGACGGCCGCUCCUCCAAUGCCUCCGCCGUCGAAGGCACCCUCCCCCGCCCCGCCAUGACCAUCUCCCAGCUCAUCGAGGUCUUCGGGUCCAGGGGCUUCUCCGUCCAGGAAAUGGUCGCCCUCAGCGGGGCCCACACCAUCGGGUUCUCCCACUGCAGCGAGUUCAGCUCGGCGAUCUACAACUACAGCAAGUCGGCGCAGUCCGACCCGAAUUACAACCCGAGAUUCGCAUCCGGGUUGCAGCAGGCCUGCGCGGAUAUCAAGAAGAACCCGACCCUCUCCGUCUUUAACGACGUUAUGACGCCCAACAAAUUCGACAAUGUCUACUUCCAGAACUUGCCAAAGGGUCUGGGGGUUUUGAAAUCGGACCACGCGCUGUUUAACGACGCCAAGACGCGGCCGUUUGUCGAGCUGUACGCCAACGACCAGAACCGCUUUUUUCGGGAUUUUGCCAAGGCGAUGGAGAAGCUCGGCGUGUUAGGGAUUCAGACCGGAAAACGCGGAGAGAUUAGGCACAGAUGCGACGAGUCUAAUUAUUAGUUAAUUAGACUUUGUUUUAAUUUUUUUUUGUUAUUGGAAUUAUGUUCAGAUUUUGCCCAAAAUCGAAUACAAUAGUGUUUUAAGAUUUAUAUAACCGAUCCUAUUUGAUAAGAGAAAUAUUUGUUGUUAUUGUAUCGGGAUAUUUGUUGAGCUGAAAUAUACACUACAUCUUUUUUUGUA